GUGCGCCCUCUUUUGCAGUCACUCAAAAGGAGGUGUAUCCCUAAACUUCCCUGUUCCUGCAGACAAACCUGCUUACAACCGGCUUCCAGCUCCAACCAUUUGUACCGCAACUUCGGAUGUGUUUUAAAGGGCAUUGAUAUAAUUUGCGCGCGGGCUGUGUCACAGACGUACUGGACGUGGGUUCCAGUCCGAAACAGCGUCUCUUAUGAAACUUUUAGCGGAUCAGCGGGACGAUCCUCCGAAAAAGCGAUCCGAUCGGUCCCCGGAGGAGAUGCUUAACGGGGAGCCGAAGGGGGCACCUGGAGAAGGCUUGGCCGGGACAACAACACCGCGACCAUGGCCGGGGAGCCCCGUGCAGCUGAAUGGGCAGACGCUCAUGCGUGACGUCGCUGACCCCACGUCCCAGCCCCAGUUCAGCUCCGCCCCCUCUUCCCGGGCUCCGUCCCCAACCCCACCAGGCGAAUCCCCUCCACAACGUGACCAGUGGGGGGGCAAAUACGAGUUUCUUCUUUCCUGCAUCGGCUACUGCGUGGGUUUGGCCAAUGUCUGGAGGUUUCCCUACCUCUGCUACCGAAAUGGCGGAGGUGUAUUCCUCAUCCCGUACUUCAUCAUGCUGCUGUUCACCGGGGUGCCCCUCUUCCUCAUGGAGCUCAGCCUGGGCCAGUACGGGGCGGCCGGACCCAUCACCGUGUGGAAGUGCUGCCCCCUACUGAAAGGCAUCGGCAUCGGUAUGCUGUGCGUCUCCACGUUGGUCUGCCUCUACUACAACGUCAUCAUUGCCUGGACUUUCCUCUACCUGGGCAACUCCUUCCAGAGCCCUCUGCCCUGGUCCUGUGAAGCAGCCAGCAAUGCAGCACUCUGCGGGAAUGUCACCGUGGCAAAUUCAACUGGUGGCAGGCCUCUCAGCCCGACAGAGGUGUUCUGGAAUGAGCAGGUGCUGGGCGUGGUCCACAGUUCUGGACUACAAGACCCAGGCCCCGUGAGGUGGCAGCUGGCCAUCUGCCUGUUUGCUGCUUGGCUCAUUAUCUUCUUCUGCAUGCUGAAGGGCAUCCACAGUUCAGGGAAGGUGGUGUACGUGACGGCCACGUUUCCGUACUUUGUGCUGAUCGUGCUGAUCAUCAGAGGGGCCACCCUGGAAGGCUCCCUGCAGGGCGUGGCUUUCUACCUCACCCCCGACUGGGACCGUCUGGCUAGUGCACAGGUGUGGAAUGACGCUGCAUCGCAGAUCUUCUACUCGCUUGGCAUUGGAGUUGGGGGUCUGCUGUCCAUGGCGUCCUACAACAAGUUCGACAACAACGUCAUCAGGGACACGCUGGUCAUCACCAUAGGUAACUGUGCCACCAGCUUCUUUGCGGGUUUUGCCAUCUUCUCCAUCCUGGGUCACAUGGCCUGGCGCAAGGGCGUGCCCGUGGGAGAGGUGGCGGACUCAGGUCCGGGCCUUGCCUUUGUCGCUUACCCAGAAGCCCUUGCUCUACUUCCUGGUUCUGUCUUUUGGGCCAUCCUCUUCUUCCUGAUGUUAUUUAUGCUUGGGGUGGACACUCUGUUCGGUAACAUGGAGGGCAUCACCACCGCCGUGCUGGACGAGUUUCCCGAGCUAAGACGCAACAUGAAGUACAAGGUGCUGUUUCUGGCUGCCCUCUGCUUUGCCUUCUACCUGAUGGGGCUGCUGCUGAUUACAGACGGUGGCAUCUACUGGUUCACCCUGAUCGACUCAUUCAGCACCAGCUUCGGCCUCAUCAUCAUCACGCUCUUCAUGUGCAUCGGCAUAUCCUUCUUCUACGGCGUGAACCAGUUCUGCUCCGACAUCAUCGACAUGAUCUGCCGCUGUCCUCCCUGGUGCACCAAGUUGCUGCUCUACUUCAAGGCAUGCUGGGUGUUCAUCACCCCUUUCCUCUUAUUGUUCAUCCUGACCUACAUCUUCAUGGAGAUGUACAAUACCCCGCUCCAGUACGGCACCUACGUCUACCCCUUCUGGGGCAAGGCCCUGGGCGUGUGCAUGGCGACUACCUGCUGCCUGCAAAUCCCCAUCUGGGCCAUCGUGGCUAUGAGCAAGGAGUCCGGCACCCUGAGAGAUAGGUACAUGAACGCUAUACGCCCGCUCAACUCCUGGCGAGUCAGCAACCUGCAGGGCACCUCAGGCGAGCGAGUCGAGCCCGAGAGGGUAGAAGCGCCUUUCACAGUCAACCUGACGGAGUCAGACUUUACCGCUAUGACCUGGGACAACGCCAGCGAGGAGUGAGCUGCUCCCCCCUCUGCCCUCCCCUUCUCUUCCUGAAGAGCGCCUCCAUGUGGCCGGAGGGCAGAAGCACGGCCAGAAAGGGCUAGGCUGAGGAGGAUGACUUGCGGCACCUACGUCUCUGUGGAGACACACCGCAGUUCCCUGCUUCCUCGAGCGGCCGUGUGCAUCUUGCUGGAGGCUGAAGUUGAGCUUCCAGGACGGGUCCAACAGCUUCAGAAGCCCCCGGGGAUGGUGCAUGGGAAGUUACCUCACACAUCAUUUUUUUAUUUUGUAUUUUUAUUCGCUAGGAGCAACAGAUUGAAUCUGUUGAAUUUACUAUGGUGUGUCACAUGCAAACGCACAAAAUAUGCAAACGAUACCCGAAAGAUGACUAUCUUGUGCCUGUGGGACAGUUUUAUUACUGUAAUAAAUCUAGUUUUAAUUAUUUUGUAUAUAAAUAUUUAAAAGAUCUCAUUUUAAAUGCCCUUUGUAUACCUGUGUGGCUGAAUGAAAUUGUUGCUGCCAACUUGUUCAGUUAUUGUAGAAUAUGAAGGGACACAGACCUAUAAAAGUGUUUCCCAACCCCCCCAGACAAUCCACAUUUUUGCUGCCUGACAGCUCCCAGCACGCCCAUAUCAGGUAUUCGGUGUUCCUGAUUGGCUGAGAGCUGAGAGAGAGCAAAAAUGUUGACUGUCUGGGGAUGUCAGAGAACUGGGUUGGGAACACUGCUCUAGAUGUCUGUUCAAUCUAAACGUGCUACAACUUUCAGUUAAAUGAUGCUUUGUGGUUUGCUGAUGUCUCUCUGAUUUCCCUCUUCCUCUUGGUGGAAAGUGUUUUGCGAAUUCUGAGUCACUUUGAUGCUCUAGUGUGUAAGUAUAAGGAUGGAGGGAUAGAACUCGAUACAGUCAUAUAGAUCAUUUUGCUACAUUGUUACUUCACUGUUGGCAGGGAACCAGCAACAGGAUGUAAGUUCUCAUGAGGAGAAGCAACGGCCAGCUGUGGCCUGCAGUGCCUUGGAAUGGUCACAGGGGGGCAGCGUAAGCGCAUUAGCAUGCGGCCAGGAGUCUCUGCACCUUCCUCCACCCAGUCGUGUGGCCACCUUGGUUUUGUUUUUACUAAAAAGAUCAAGGAAAAACAACAUCAGCAUAUAUCCAAGUCUAAAUAAAGGAACUUCCGUUUAUAUUGAA